AUGACUUACGAAAACAACACACAUCAGCAAAACGGUGCUGGCACCGCCGACAUUGAGUCGAGGUUUGCCAACAUGUCGGUCCAGAAUGGCGCUGCAGGCGGUGCUCCUCGAAAGGCCUAUGUUCCACCUCACCUUCGUAGCCAGCAGCAGCCCGCUUCGCUCAACUCCUCUGCCGCUUCCUUCAGCCCCCGCGCUCCCGCCGCCUUUAAUGGAAAUGGCAACAGCAACGGCAACGGCAACGGCCCUGCCGCUCCCGCUGCACCUGCCGCCUUCCAGAGCUUCAACCGUGGCGCUCCUCGCGGUGGCGCCGGUGGAUGGGACGCUCCCUCCUCUGGCGGUUACGGCGGCGCUCGCAAUGGCGGCGGUUAUGGCGGCGGCGCUCGCAACGAUGGAUUCGGCCAGUGGAAAGACGGCAAGCACGUGCCUGGCCCGCACAACCCUCGCCUCCAGAAGGAACUUUUCGGUGAGGAGGGCGACGGUCUUCACCAGAGCAUGGGUAUCAACUUUGACAAGUAUGGUGACAUUCCCGUCGAGGCUACUGGUCGCGAUGUGCCCGAGCCUGUCACUACCUUCACCUCUCCUCCUAUCGAUGCUCACCUUCUCGAAAACAUCAAGCUCGCUCGCUACACCAACCCCACCCCUGUUCAGAAGUACUCGAUCCCCAUCAUUAAGCUUGGUCGUGACUUGAUGGGCUGUGCCCAGACCGGUUCUGGUAAGACGGGUGGUUUCCUCUUCCCCAUUCUCUCGGCUCUCUUCACCCACGGCCCUCCUCCUCCCUCUGCCGCCGAGAUGGCUCAGGGCGGUUACAAUCGCAGAAAGGCCUACCCCAGCACCCUCAUCCUGGCUCCCACUCGCGAGCUUGUCUCGCAGAUUCACGACGAGGCCCGCAAGUUCACUUACCGCUCGUGGGUGAAGCCUGCAGUCGUCUACGGUGGCGCCGACAUUGUCACUCAGCUCCGUCAGAUCGAACGUGGAUGUGACCUUCUCUCUGCUACCCCCGGUCGUCUCGUCGACCUGAUGGAGCGUGGUCGAAUCAGCCUUAGCAACGUCCGUUUCCUGGUCCUCGACGAGGCUGACCGCAUGCUAGACAUGGGUUUCGAGCCUCAGAUUCGACGCAUCGUCGAAGGCGAGGACAUGCCUGGUGUCAUGGAUCGCCAGACGCUCAUGUUCUCAGCCACCUUCCCCCGCGACAUCCAGCUGCUCGCUAAGGAUUUCCUCAAGGAGUACGUCUUCUUGUCCGUUGGCCGUGUCGGUUCCACUUCGGAGAACAUCACCCAGAAGAUCGAAUACGUCGAAGAUGAUGACAAGCGCUCGGUUCUCCUUGACGUCCUCGCCUCGAUGCCCAGCGGUGGUCUCACUCUUAUCUUUGUCGAAACCAAGCGCAUGGCCGACAUGCUCAGCGAUUUCCUCCUCCGCUCCAAGAUCGGCGCCACCUCGAUCCACGGUGACCGUACCCAGCGCGAGCGCGAGCGUGCUCUCGAGCUCUUCAGAUCGGGCAAGACGCCCAUCAUGGUCGCCACCGCCGUCGCCGCCCGCGGUCUCGAUAUUCCCAACGUUACCCACGUCGUCAACUACGAUCUUCCCUCGGACGUCGACGACUAUGUUCACCGCAUCGGUCGUACCGGUCGUGCCGGUAACGUAGGUCACGCCACCGCCUUCUUCAACCGAGGCAACAAGAACAUCGUGCGCGAUCUUAUCGAAUUGCUCAAGGAGGCCAACCAGGAGGUGCCUCAGUGGCUCGAGGCCGUUGCCCGCGAGAGCAUGUUUGGUGCUGGUGGCGGAAGCCGUGGUGGUCGCGGUCGCGGCCGUGGUCGCGGAGGUGCCUCUUCGUUUGGCAACCGUGACGCCCGUACCAUGAACGGACCCUCGUCCGGCGGCGGACGUGGUUUCGGUGGUGGCUACGGUGGCGGUAUGGGCGGUGGUCUCGGCGGCAGCUACGGCGCCGGCGCUGCUGCCUACGGUGGCCCUCCCCCUGCUUCCAACGGCGGCAGCUACGGCGGCAACUCGUCAUGGUGGUAA